AUGGCUCUGGAGAAGUUUGACUGUGAUGGUGUUAUAUUCACUCAUGAUUAUGUUGUUCGCACGGCAUAUGCAGCCCUUAAUUAUAGAUUGAAUUCUAUCUUUAACUACCCAAAACUUUUUGAUACUACUGGUUCAAGAGGCCGAGAAGGUUAUCGCGAAUUUCCACUUUUAACUUCUGGUAAAAUUUGGGCUGGAGAAACAUUUUCCUACUAUGUCUUGACAAGCCCAGAAUUAGAUACAUUAACUGAAUAUUCAUAUAUAAAUGGUAUACACGAAUGCAACAUUGUACCUGUCUAA